CUCCACAGCAAUCAGUUACUCCUUAAUAACCAGAAAAGGGAAAGAGCCCAAAAAUAGAAAAAAAUGCCCUCACUUUCUGCUUUCAAAUUUUCGAUUCUCUCGCAUCCACCACUCUCUAGCAGAAGAUCAUUUUCACCGACAAGCCCUUCGAUUUUAAGAGAAUUCCGGCCUCGCCCAGAUUUAUCCUCGUCAGUGUCUAUUUCUAGAAGGGCCCUUUUCCGGCGAAAAUCGUCGGAAGAAGAGGCGGAUGUUGCAGAAGCGGAGGACGAGUGGCUGCAGAAAUUGCCGGAGAAAAAGAAAGCGUUGUAUUCUCACAGUUUGCCGUGCGUAGAGGCGUGGCUCAGAAGUUUGGGGUUUUACCAGAGCAGAGAUGAUAGAGCUGUUUGGUUUGUGGAGAAGCCUGAUUGGCAUGCACAGCUCUCGCUUGAUGUCACUGACUUGUACAUAAGGUACCUGAAGAGUGGAGCAGGAAAUCUCGAGAAAGAUGUUGAAAGACGAUUCAGCUAUGCCCUCAGUAGGGAAGAUAUCGAAAAUGCCAUACUGGGAGGACCGUGACGGCACAAAUAUAUUUCUCUUAAUCAUCAUAAUUUGUGAGUGGUGAAUAUCCAUCUUAAAAAAAGAGCAUGGAUUUCUGAUAAAUCUUGAACCAAUUUUCAUCGGGGUUAUGGAUAUAUUCAUGUUAUACAA